GUGCUUUCUUUUAAUUUUCAGACAAGGAACGAUGAGACUAUAAUUUAUGAACGGUCUUUGAGCGGUGCCAAAAUGACCUUGAGCAUAUCUAUCCACCAAUUAGGAUCAAAUGCGGGUUAUGUAAUAGUUUGAAGAAUAAGUAUUAUGAUUUAAAUUUGAUGGUUAGGGUUAGAAAUUAGAUUUAGGGUUUUCAUCAAGAAUUGACAUAAGCUAAAAUACCAAAACGCUAUUUGGCCAAACGGCUGAAUGAAUUUCGUACCAAAAUCCAAGAUCUGUUAUCCUAAAUCUGAUUGGUUCGUUCAUAAAUUAUAGUCUCACCCAAGUGACUUACUUAAAAAUAACAAAGUUAAUGACAUGUAUAAAAGAACUGGUUUACCGUGGAUGUACCGAGGCUUUUAUCCAAGAGAUUAUUACAUAACUAAAUUAAAUGAUUGUGGUUUUUUAUUAGAAUGUGAAUCACAUAGUCAAAUAGUGCAUAAAUGUGUAUUACGUGCUGUCUCAACAAAAAUUGAUCAAUUUUGUAUGGUGGAAGAAAAUGUAGAAUGUUCGACAAAUAAUAUUAAUAUAAAUUGUUAUGAUAACAAUAAUAAUAAUAAUCACGUUAGUAACACAGUAAAACAAUCAAAGAAUUCAUUUUAUUUAGGUCGUAUAUCUGAGAAAACAUUGGAUACUUUUGUAAAAUAUAUUUAUCAAUCAGAGAUUACAAUUGAUGAUAUAACUGUAAUUGAAUUGUACAAUGUUGGUGUUCUAUUAAACAUACAAUUUAUUCAAGAUGCAUGUAUUAACUAUUUGAAAACAAGUUUAAAUGAAAAUAAUUGUUUAAUAUUCAUGAGACAAAAUAAUAACAUAAAUAAUUGUGAAGCGAAUCAAUUAACUAAUGAAUGUAUUAAACAUGCAGCAAAACAUUUUGACAAAAUGUUAGAUAAUAAUGAGACUAUGAACAUUGAACCUAAAGAACUAUUAGCAAUACUAGAACAAGAUGAGUUCAAAGUUCAAGAUGAAUGGAAACUUCUGGAAUUUAUACAUAUAUGGAUUAAAAAAGAUUGUGGUAAUCGUCACACAUAUAAAGAACAACUAUGUGAGCAUAUACGUUUUCAAUUGAUAGACACAAUCAAGUUACUUGAUAUAUUAGAAAAUCAAGAGAUGACUAUAUUUCAUUCAUAUGUAAAGAACGCGCUUAUUGAUUUAGGUCAAUUAUCAAGGUCAGUAGCAAUAGCUAAAUGGAAUCGUAAAUCAAAUCAUUCUAUAGACAAAGAGUUUACAUUGACUAAUUUAUCAGUAUGCAAUUUGAAAAGUGACUCACCAAAACAAACCACAGAAAACAUGUCUUUGAUAUGCUUUGGAGGACGAUUAUGUAACAAAAGUUUUUCAUCAAAUAUAACAUGUUAUAAAAUGUUUGAAUUAAAAUCAUUUAUUAAUCAGAAUGAAAAUUUAUGCAUGGAUCCAUAUCAAAAUUGUAAUGUUGAUGAAAAUUAUUCAAAUAAUAAUUACAUAGAAUCAUGUACAUUUCCUUAUUUAAAACAAAUAAUUUUACCAAAUUUAAAAACUAUGCCUUCUUUAAGAAAAGGUUUUGGGGCUAUCAGUUUAAAUGAUAAAAUAUAUCUUGUUGGUGGAAAACCUAAAUGUUCAAUGAAAACAUCUAAUAUUUACGAUAUUUCAUUAGGUUUAUGGUCUAGUGGGCCAAAUUUAAAUACCGGACGAAGUUGGUAUUCACUUACAGAAAGUGAUGGUGUAAUAUAUGCUAUAGGAGGUGUCGGAGAAGACGAUCAAACUUUAUCAUUUGUUGAGAUGUUGGACCCACGAGUAAAUAAGUGGGAAUCAUGUUCGUCAAUGUUGAGACCACGAUUUGGUUGUAGCGUUUGUUCUACCAACAAUGAAAUUAUAGUUGUUGGUGGGGUCAGCGAUUCAACUAUCGAGAUGUAUAAUAUUACGUCAGGAAAAUGGCAGUUUUUAGCAAAAAUGACUGAAGUACGUGAAGCUUCAAGUGUUUUUAUUCAUAAUGAUUGUGUAUACGUAUGCGGUGGAGCUAAUGAAACUGGUUGUGUAAAUACCACAGAUAUUUUUUCGUUGAAAUCUACAAGUUGGAGUAAAGGCAAACCAAUGAUUUUACAUCGGGCAUUUGCUGCUACACGUAUAUGGAAUGAAUAUGUCUUUUUAAUUGGUGGUCGUAACAAUAUGGAACCAUCAAAUUUAAUUCAAACUUACAAUUUAAAAACAAAUGAAUGGGCCGUAUUACCACAAACAUUACCAUAUCUUGUUUCAAAUUGUUGUGCUAUAACUACAAGUUUAUUAUAA